AUGGAAUACACUAAAGAUGAGGCGGUUUGGGCUAGAGAGAUCGCAGAGAUGAAGUUUUUAGCGAAUGAUUUAAUAGGAGCUAAGGAGUUCGCCAUGAAGGCUCAGAGUAUGUAUCCCGAACUGGAGGGAAUUGAUCAGAUGGUGGCCACAUUCAAUGUACAUGUGUCUGCCAAGAAGAUAACACACGGAGAGCCAGAUUACUAUGGAGUUCUCGGUGUGAGUCCUGAGGCUGACGACGAGACACUGAGGAAAACUUACAAGAAGUUGGCUGUUUUGAUUCAUCCUGACGUGAACAAGACGGUAGGUGCAGAGGAAGCCUUUAUGUUUCUCGCCGAGGCUUUGCUUGUGUUCUCUGAGAAGGGAAAGAGAGCUGAGUAUGACUUGAAGAGGCACAUAGGAAGAGGUGCUUCGUCUUCCUCAUCACCAAACGAUGCUGCUGAGAGAGUUGUGAACACAGCAACUAUUAUACGGGUGAGUGAAGCGUCUGCAUCUGCUGCUGCUGCUGUGGCUCGUAAGACAACUGCUGGUGGUGGUGCAACGUUUUGGACUGGUUGCGUCACUUGCAAGACACAAUACGAGUAUCAUCGUAUUUACAUUACGCAGAAGCUCCUGUGCCCUUACUGUAGUGAGCCGUUCAAAGCUGUGCAAACGGAUCCUCCAGGUUCAAGCUCCAUCCGCAAGGCCUUUAAUGAGCUGGAGUUUGACUCUUUCCGUCUUGGCACGAGCACUCCUACUCAUGCUCCUCCACAGACCGGGGCACCAAAAGACAAGGUUGUGCCUAGAGUGUUUAACAAAAGAGCGGUUGAUGUUUCGUUGAGUAAUGCUUCGAAGAGAACAAAGGUUAUGGAGAAUGGCGUUGCAGGUGUUUUUGCUUCUACCUCAAACACUGUGAGAUACGUAUCUGAGGAGGAUAUAAAGACUCUGCUGGCGAAGAGAGUUAAACCACUAAUCAGCACAAAGCUUCAGAAAGCUGAAGUUAACGCAAUAAAGGCUGAAGUUGACGCAAUGUUGGCUUGGCAUGCAGUAAAUAACCAGCCUAUUCGCAAUCAGACAAGCAAGAUUGAAGCCCUAUGUAACUGA